AUGGGCACGGUGCUGUCCCUGUCCCCAGCCUCCUCGGCCAAGGGCCGGAGGCACGGCGGGCUGCCGGAGGAGAAGAAGAAAGCGCCGCCCGCGGGCGACGAGGCGCUGGGGGGCUACGGCGCGCCGCCCGCCGGCAAGAGCGGUAAAGGCGAGAGCCGGCUCAAACGUCCGUCUGUGCUCAUCUCCGCGCUCACCUGGAAGCGCCUGGUGGCCGCGUCCGCCAAGAAGAAGAAAGGCAGCAAGAAGGUGACGCCCAAGCCGGCGUCCACCGGCCCCGACCCCCUGGUCCAGCAGCGCAACCGCGAGAACCUCCUCCGCAAGGGCCGGGACCCCUCCGACGGCGGCGCCGCCAAGCCACUGGCGGUGCCCGUGCCCACCGUGCCGGCAGCCGCCGCCGCUGUCUGCGAGCCGUCGUCAGCGGGCAGCGCGGCCGCCGCGCCGCCGGGCUCCGGCGAGGGAAAGCCACCACCCCCGCCGCCGCCCCCUGCCCCGCAGGCCGCGCCUCCGGUGCCAGGUGGCUCGCCGCGGCGGGUCAUCGUCCAGGCGUCCACCGGCGAGCUGCUGCGCUGUCUGGGCGACUUCGUGUGCCGGCGCUGCUACCGCCUCAAGGAGCUGAGCCCGGGCGAGCUGGUGGGCUGGUUCCGCGGCGUGGACCGCUCGCUGCUACUGCAAGGCUGGCAAGACCAGGCCUUCAUUACACCCGCCAACCUGGUGUUCGUGUACCUGCUGUGCCGCGAGUCGCUGCGCGGGGACGAGCUGGCGUCGGCCGCCGAGCUGCAGGCAGCCUUCCUCACCUGCCUCUACCUCGCCUACUCCUACAUGGGCAACGAGAUCUCCUACCCGCUGAAGCCCUUCCUUGUGGAGCCCGACAAGGAGCGUUUCUGGCAGCGCUGCCUGCGCCUCAUCCAGCGGCUCAGCCCACAGAUGCUGCGGCUCAAUGCCGACCCCCAUUUCUUCACGCAGGUCUUCCAAGACCUCAAGAACGAGGGCGAGGCCGCCGCCGGCGGCGCCGGAGGUCUCCCGAGCGGGGCCGCCCCCGCCGCCGCCUCGGCCGCCAGGGACAGCUGCGCGGCGGGAGCUAAGCACUGGACUAUGAACCUGGACCGCUAG